UCGUUUUCCAAAUCCGUGGCCGUGAACGAACAAUGCACCUGGCGGCUCUCCUGAGCGCGAUAAUCGUUCUCUUACUCGCCGCGCGACCGGUGACAUCCGCGCCCUGGUACACUAAAACAAACCAAGUAUCACCUGUUAUUUUGGUUCCAGGUAAUGGCGGCAGCCAGGUCGAGGCUAAGAUUGACAAGCCGUCGGUGGUGCAUUACAUCUGCGAAAAAAAGUCCAACGAUUACUUUAGCCUAUGGCUGAACAUGGAACUGCUUGUACCUGUUGUGAUAGACUGCUUUAUCGAUAAUCUUAAAUUACAAUACGAUAAUGUGACGAGAACUACCAGUAAUCAGCCUGGAGUGGAAACAAGAGUACCAGGAUGGGGUGAUCCAUUUGUAGUUGAAUACAUAGAUCCCAGCAGGGCCUCGCCAGGCUCGUACUUCAAGGACAUUGGCAAUAUGCUUGUGAACGACUUGGGAUAUGUUAGAAACCUAUCACUGCGCGGCGCACCUUACGACUUCAGAAAGGGACCUAGCGAGAAUGAAGAAUUCUUUGCCAGGCUGAAAGUUCUGGUGGAGAAAACGUAUGUAAUGAAUAAUAAUACGCCAGUGACAUUACUGGCUCACAGCAUGGGUGGUCCUAUGAGUCUCAUAAUGUUACAGCGUCAGAGUCAAAAGUGGAAGGACAAAUACAUAAAUGCUCUAAUCACGCUUGGUGCUGUAUGGGCAGGAUCUGUCAAGGCUAUCAAAGUAUUUGCCAUUGGAGAUGACUUAGGCACAUAUUUUCUUAGUGAAAGUAUAUUAAAAAACGAACAGAUAACAAAUCCAAGUUUGGGAUGGUUGUUACCGUCAAAACUAUUUUGGAAAGACACAGAGAUUUUAGUACAAUCAGACCAGAAAAAUUAUACGUUGAAUGAUUUACAACAAUAUUUUAAAGACAUAGAUGUUCCUAACGCUUGGGAGUUCAGAAAAGACAAUGAGAAAUACCAAUUAGAUUUUACAGCACCAGGUGUCGAAGUACAUUGUUUAUAUGGUAGCAAAGUGGACACUGUAGAAAAAUUAUAUUAUAAAGGUAAGAGUGUAAGUGGUUAUCCACAAUUAAUAGUUGGGGAUGGCGAUGGAACUGUGAAUCUAAAGAGUUUGGAAGCAUGUACACAUUGGCAGAAGUCACAAAAACAAAAAAUUUAUAAUAAAAGUUUUCCUGGAGUUGAUCACACUGAAAUCUUGAGAAAUAAUGACGCUUUAGCAUACAUUAAGACAUUUCUAAAAGUGUAACAUGAUUUUUACUAGUAUUAAUGAUAUGCGAAAGAAUGUAACAAAUUAGCUAAUUUAAAUUUUUCUAACAUUUUUAUAUGUUAAUCUAUAAAUUUAUAUCUAAAAUGCAAUAUAUAUAAAUUAUUUUAAUGAUUAAAACUAUUAAAAUAAGGUUUUUACUAAUUUAAUGAAAUAAUUUUAUCUAUAUUUUCAAUAAUUUAUUGGCAAAAAAUAUGAGGCAGUUUAAUUGAAAAUAUAUUUUUAUUAACUACAUUCAUUAAAAUAUAUCAUUACAUUAAUAUAUCAGCAAAUAUCAAUUGGGAAUAUUAUAAAGUGGUGCAAUUACAAAAAUGUUCUAAAUAUCAACAUUUAACUGGCUAUCCUCUCAUUUUCUAUAAAUAUAAUACUUUUUCUCCUCAUGCGUAUAUAUUUAUAUAUUUAGUAUUAUCAAUUUUUAUGAUCUCAUAACAAAAAAUAAGUUAAAAUGACUAGCGAUAUAUAGUAUAACACACACACACACACACACACACACACACACACACACACACACACACAAGCGCGCGCGCACAUCUGUACAGCAACAUAUUUUUUUAGUGGCUGGUAUAGCACAUUAGAAUAACAAUGAAAUCUCUCAGAUUCAUAGUCUGCUAGUCGGAACUCCAUUGUAUUGUAAAUAUAUCCUAAUAUUAUAUUUACAUUGAUUUAUAAUUGCCAUGUGUGUGUGUUGUAAAUACUUAUAAUAAUAUAUUAUAUUAUUAAUAUAUUAUUAAGACUCAAGAAAUUUGAUGUAAGAAGCAUUCUCUUAGGAAAGAGAAGUCUUCUCAACAAACACAUUUUUCAAAUUUAUAAAAUAUUUACAACUUCACAAUUUUCUUGGUAAUAUCCACAAUUUUCUUGGUAAAUGUAAUCUUGCAUCUUUUGGUAUAAAUAAAUCCGUAAACACACAUAGACUUAUAUUUAGAAUAAACACUUAUCAGAGCACAGUAAAAGUUUCUACAAAAUUAUAUUUAUGUACAAAAUGGUGAAAAAUAAUAAAUAUCUUAUGUGAAAUGUAAA